CGGCGCCUUUAAGAGCCUCGGUGACACGUGUGUGAGGCGGCGGAGGCCCGGAUGGUGCGUGUGCGGGGCCCGGACCGAGCAGACGCCAGCGCCGCGGGCCUGCAGCGGAGCCCGCCGAGGGCCGGUGACGCGCCAUGCCCAUCGUGGAGAAGCUGAAGGAGGCCCUGAAGCCGGGCCGCAAGGACUCGGCAGGCGGCGGGGAGCUGAGCCGGCUGCUAGCCGCGUCCGCCAAGAAGGUGCUGCUGCAGAAGGUGGAGUUUGAGCCCGCCAGCCGCGGCUUCUCCUACCAGCUGGAGUCCCUGCGCAGCAAGUACGUGCUGCUCAACCCCAGGCCGGACGGGGCCGGCCACCGUCGGAGCGGGGACGAGCCGCAGCCCAGGAGGCCAGGCAGCGAGCGUGGCUCUGAGGGUGCUGGCGCAGGCGGCGGCGGCGGCGACGGGGUCCCCGCACCCCAGAAAGUCCUUUUCCCCAUGGAGCGGCUGUCGCUGAAGUGGGAGCGGGUGCACCGCGUGGGCGCCGGCCUGCACAACCUCGGCAACACCUGCUUCCUCAACUCCACCGUGCAGUGCCUGACCUACACCCCGCCACUCGCCAACUACCUGCUCUCCCGGGAGCACGCGCGCAGCUGUCGUCAGGCAGGCUUCUGCAUGCUGUGCCUCAUGCAGAACCACCUCGUGCAGGCCUUCGCCAACAGCGGCAACGCCAUCAAGCCCAUCCCCUUCAUCCGGGACCUGAAGAAGAUCGCCCGCCACUUCCGCUUCGGGAACCAGGAGGACGCCCACGAAUUCCUGCGCUACACCGUGGAUGCCAUGCAGAAGGCCUGCCUCGGCAGCGGGCUCAAGCUGGACCGGCAGACACAGGCCACCACCCUGGUCCACCAGAUCUUCGGGGGCUAUCUCCGAUCUCGGGUCAAGUGUUCCGUGUGCAAGAGCGUGUCAGACACCUACGACCCCUUUCUGGACAUGGCGCUGGAAAUCCGGCAAGCAGCAAACAUUGUGCGUGCACUGGAGCUCUUCGUGAAGCCGGAUAUGCUGAGCAAGGAGAACGCGUACAUGUGCGCCCGAUGCAAGAAGAAGGUCCCAGCCAGCAAGCGCUUCACCAUCCAUAGAGCCUCCAACGUGCUGACGCUCUCGCUCAAGCGCUUCGCCGACUCCAGUGGCGGCAAGAUAGCCAAGGACGUGGGCUACCCCGAGUUCCUGAACAUCCGACCCUACAUGUCCCAGAACAGCGGCGAGCCUGUGGUGUAUGGCCUCUACGCCGUCCUGGUGCACUCGGGCUACAGCUGCCACGCGGGUCACUACUACUGCUACGUGAAGGCGAGUAGCGGGCAAUGGUACCAGAUGAAUGACGCUCUGGUCCACGCAAGCAACUUGCAGGCCGUUCUCAACCAGCAGGCCUACGUGCUCUUCUACCUGCGGAUCCCCAGCCCAAAGAAGAGUCCCGAGAACACCAUCUCCCGGUCGGGCUCGGCCCUCUCUGGCCGCCCCAGCCCAGGUGGGGCCAGCACACACAGCAGGCGGCCUUCCAGUCACGGGGCCGCUGCCUCGCCACUGCCUGGGAAGCGCCCGGACCCCACGGCCGUGAGGAAGCCAUCCCCCUCCGAGGAGGUCGGGGUGCCCAUCUCAAGGAACGGGUCCAUGAAGCUGCACAACGGACACGUGUCCCCGAAGCUACCCCCCGCGUACCCUUCCCCUCGGCACUGCGCGACCCCAGCCAGGAAGGCGCCAGGCCCACCGCACACCUCCCCGCCCCCCAAAACUCCUCAGGGCCCUGCCCGGGGACAGGGCUCCUGGGACAGAGGCACCCCCCACUCUACCUCACCCAAGCUGCUCGCCGCAGGGACCACCAAUGGCCACGGACCCAAGGUGGGCUCCGAGGGGCCCCAGGGAAGGGGCUCCGGCCAUGCCAGCCCUGAGCCCUCGGCCAGCAGUGACCCCGCCAAGUCCCCGCCGGCCCCCCAGAGCAGCGGCCCUCAGAGAGCAGACUCCUGCCCGGGCGCCGGAGAAGACCCCAAGGCCGGCAAGCCCAGGGCCCCCCUGAGUGCCGCCACCACGCCCGAGCUCCCCAGCUUCAUGUCACCCCCGCCGGCCAAGAGACUGGCCCUGUCGGCCAGGAAGGCCAGCACCCUGCGGAGGGCCCCCGGCAAUGACCUCCCGCCGCCCGCCCUCACCCCCCGGACAGCCUCACGCCCCGCCGCAGCCGCCGCCGGGCCCGGCCCUGCUUGCAGGGCCUUCGCAGAUGCCCCCCGACCCUCCGGCCACCUGAAGCUCCCCCCCAGUCCAGACCCCCAUGCUGCGUCUCUGUCCUGUGGCCGCCAGCCCCUGGGGGUGCUGCCUCCUCCCAGCUGUGCCUCUGCCUCCAGGCCUCUGCCUCAGGCCAAUGGGGGCUCAGUGCCCCCUGCCCGCCAGCACCCCCAGGGCCUCUGUAAGAAGAAGAGGAAGAAGGGCCCCCCGGCAGAGAGUGGGGGCCUCAGCCCAGAUGCUCAGCCUGUGGCUGUGCCCCCUCCCGGGAAGAGGCGGAAACGGAAGAGGAAGCGUCUGGAGGAGGCGGCGGUGGCCUCCUGCCCGCAGGAGGGGCCGGGGCGGGGCCAUGCCCAGCUGGAGAACGGCCAGCAGCUGACCGUGAACGGCUGUCCCAGGGGCGAGCGGCAGGUGGGGGCCGUGCCCGACCGGGGCCACAGCAAGAAGCGCAUGAGGACGAACUCGGAGGGCACGCCCUGGCACAGUGCCCAGCCCGAAGCCCCCGAGGGCUCCCCGAGGAAGAAGAGGCGGAAGAGACGGAAGCCGGAGCCAGGGUGGGCCACCGAGCAGGACCCCAGCCCCAACGGCGAGAAGGGCCCUGCGACCCCCACGCACAGCUACCCGGAGCCCUCGUCACCUGUGGACGGUGGGCUUGGGGGCACCCACACAAGUGUGCAAGGGCUCCCCCCAGACCCUCCUGAGUCCUGCCCCCGAGCCAGGGGCUUGGAUGUGCUCCAGGAGCUGCUCCGCUAUGCCUCGGACACGGCGUACGGGAAGAAAGUUCUGACGUGGGACGGGGCACUGUCAGCCGUGAGUCAGGACGCCGUCCGGGACAGCAGGCUGGCCUGCGCCGCCACGGUCACAGACGACUGGGACGCUGAGUUUGAUCGAGGGAAGGAGAAGAAAACAAGAAAACUCAAGAGAGAAAGGAGAAGAAACUUCAACGCCUUCCAGAAACUUCAGAGUAGACGGAACUUUUGGUCUGUGACUCACCCUGCCAAGGCCGCCAGCCUGAGCUACCGCCGCUGACUUGGCCGCUGCCAAGGCUGUGGAGGCCAGGCCGGGCCGGCGCUGCUGGAGGCGGAGGCACCCGAGAAGCCCCGCACGGAGCCGGCUGCACUGGUGGCGUCCCUGCACCCCGGGGGUACCGGUUCCGGACGGUGGCGCCUGGUCAAGGGAGCAUGGACGGCGCCUCUCUGCCCUGGGCGCUGGCCAGGGCGCAGUGAGCACGGCCUGCUGGGGACGCACCUGUCGCCUAUGUGGGGCCUCGGUCCAGUGACUCGGAGAGGCUCUCAGCUGGCGUGAGACGGGCCUGCCCAUGUGUACCAGGGCAUUCGGUGUCUGCAGGCUGGCAUGGAGGGCAGGCCCUGCCACUGUUGGCGCCACUGCAGACCCGGGCACCCCACCCUGGGCCAGCCUGGCCCACUGCGCCCAGCACAGUCUCCGGGGGGCGGGGGCCGCAAACUUCCCCCACGGGGUCCUUCCUGCUUUCCCACUGUUCUCUGCUUUCCUGGGAGAGGCCAGCCGUGGCCCGAGGACACCAGUCCACAGGCUCCACCUCGGUCCUUGUGGAGCAGAGGGCAGCUGGUGGGGCGCAGGUGACUCCUAUGAACCUGGAUCCACGUUUCCACCGUGUCGUCAGAAAUGGACGUACUGUGACGACUGUCUGUAGGCACACAGCGUUGUGCGCUUGCUGCCUCCACCUGCCCGCCCCCUCCCCCAGACCAGGGCCUCUCAGCCCGCUGCGCCCUCUUCUGAGGGGCCUGCAUGUCGGGGUGUGUUUACUGGACACCUUCCCACCGCGGGCCCUGUGACAUGACAUGACGGACACACGGGGCCGGCUGCGGCUGGAGAAGCCCUGAUUCCAGGCAGCUCAGAGCUCGGGAAUGGGAGUCACGACGCUCCGGGCCACCCUGAGCCGCGGGAGGAGCGGAAGGUGGCGGGGAU